ACAGUUUCGUCAGAGCCCAUAACUAAUUGCCCCGUCCGGCUGAACGGAUUCAUCAUCCGCUCAUCACAAAAUUCGCUCUCAGCCUAGGGUUUAUCGAGGGAUUUGAAAUCCACCGCUCAACGCGCUACUCCGAUGGCGAAACCCGCCCGCGGCCGUCCGGCGUCUCGGUCGGGCUCAGAUUCUGGCUCCUCCUCACGCUCUCGCUCGCGUUCUUACUCUGGUUCGAGUUCUCGGUCGCGUUCCCGCUCAAGAUCCUACUCGUCGUCUUCCUCUCGUUCUCGUAGUGGCAGCUCCCGCAGUCGUAGUCCUGCUCCUCCACGGAAAAGUUCUGCUGAAGGAAUUAAACGAGGUCGCUCACCGCCAUCUGGCCCACCUCAGACCAAGAAAACUUCUCCACCUCCAAGGAGAGCUUCUCCUAUUCCAGAAUCCCUUGUGCUCCAUGUUGACCAGCUCAGCAGGAAUGUGAACGAGAACCAUUUGAAAGAAAUAUUUGGUAGUUUUGGUGAAGUGGUGAAUGUACGGCUGGCAAUUGAUCAUGUUGUUAAUCUCCCCAAAGGAUUUGCAUAUGUUGAGUUCAAGAGCAGGGCUGAUGCUGAAAAGGCCCAGUUACAUAUGGAUGGUGCUCAAAUUGAUGGUAAAGUUGUUCGGGCCAAGUUUACAUUACCUGAGAGAAAAAAGGCUGCUUCUCCUCCUAAGGCUGUUGCCACAACGUCUAGGAGAGAUGCCCCUAAAUCCGACGAUGCUGCUGUGGACGGAGAUAAAGAUGGACCGAAGCUGCCAAAAGAAGGGUCUCCUCGGCGAAAACCACUCUCUCCUCGAAGGAGAUCUCCUGUAGGACGAAGAGGGUCGCCCCGAAGGGAGACAGGUUCUCCACUUCCACCACCACCACCACCUCCACCUCGUCGACGUGGAGACUCACCUAUUCGCCGCAGAGCUGAUUCACCUUAUAGAAGAGGUGACUCUCCGCCUCCUAGGAGAAGGCCUGCAUCCCCUCCCAGAGGAGGUCGUUCACCCUCGCCUCCAAGGCGCUUCCGUUCACCUCCAAGGGGGUCUCCUAGAAGAAUACGUGGUAGCCCUGUUCGUCGACGUUCCCCACUUCCACCUAGGCGGCGUUCUCCUAGACGUGUUCGAAGUCCUCCAAGAAGGUCUCCAAUCGGCCGCCGACGCAGUCGCUCUCCUAUUAGGAGGCCAGCCCGCUCACCAUCAAGAUCUCCCUCUCCAAGAAGAGGUCGUGGACCACCUCCUAGACGGGGUAAAAUGUCGUCUCCUUCUUCAUCCCCCAGUCCUCGCAGGGGACCACGGAGAGUAUCUCGGAGCCGUAGUCCUAGAAGGCCUAUCAGAGGAAGAAGUCCUAGCAGCAGCAGUACCAGCGGUUCUCCUCCUCCUCGUAAAGCAUAAGUUGAAUUUAGCAACGAAGCAGACUGGUUCUUGGGUGGUGCUGUGAAAAGAGGCUGCAUAAAGUGUCUGUUUGGAAAAGAUAUUUGUACUAUCUAGAUAGUGCUUUUUUACUCUUAUGGUCGAUGCAUUUGUAUGGAAAUGUUUGUGUGACUAAAACUUUGAUACUAACUAUUCUGUAAGAAAAAUCUUGUUCUUUUUUUGUUAAGCUACGCUGCUAAUUAGGUCGUGUUUGAGGUCUGUGUGUUUGAGGUCUGUCGAGGAAUGAUGUGGCUACAUGCUGUAUCUGGUUUCUGCUACUUGUUUGAGAAUCAAAUUGUUAUAUUACUAGACAU